CCGCGAGGAUCUAUCUCCCUCCAUAGCGCAGAACCUACUGAUCACUACCUCUGGGUGAGUUGUCUAGGCGCGAACAUAAGUCUCUUUAUCGCGGUUCUUAAAUGGGACGUUAACUUUACGCGGGUUAUCGUCUCUAGUGCUCGAAAAAAAUAUAUUUACUUGUGAAUCUCUCGAGGAAGUGUCUCCAUCGCUUGAUUUCAUUUUAUUCAAUUGUGGUAGCUCGAGAGGAACGGGCCGUCCGAAGAUGACGUCGAUCGUGCUCGCGUACGCUGCUUUCAUUGCGUUUUCAUGCGUGGCGCAGGCGAUCUCGUCGUCCUGGAGACCGGUUCUGCCGGCCCACAACGUCGGCGCGAGCAUUCUGCAUCAGGAGGCAUCGAUUUUCGAAAAUGCGCCUACGCAGACGCUCUACGACGUGGACGGUUCUCAUCACUUGCUGCUGUCGCACGACCAAGACACGAACAAAUGUUCCCUUUACAAAGUCGCCAUGACUCAGCAGCUGUAUUUUGAGUACAUCCAUUACAAGACGGAUCUGCCGGAUCUGAAGGAGUUCACCCUUUGCAUGUGGACGAAAUUUUACAAUCACUCCAACGACCAUCCUCUAUUCUCUUACGCAGUCGGAGAUCAACCACGAGGAAUACUGUCGUGGGUCGCAAAUACACAGAGGAGUUCGUACUACAUGCUCAACGUCAACGGUCACAACUUGUACAGAUUGAAUUAUCCGCUGAGACUUAACAAGUGGUACCACUCCUGCCAGAGCUGGAACGGUCGAACCGGGGAAUGGCAGAUCUGGGUCAACGACGAGCGCGUAGGUCGCGGGUUCAACAACAGGUUGGUUGGACAUGUUAUCAAAGGCGGCGGAAUUGCCAUUUCCGGUCAAGAGCAACGACAACUGGGCGGUGGUUUCUUAGAGGGUGAAGGCGCGCCACUGGGUUCCGGCGGCUACUUGGGAGAACUGACAAUGGUACAGCUGUACGGAGUAGCAUUAACCGCGGGAAAAGCGCACAAGGAUCACAAGCACCAUCACGCCCAUCAUUACGAACAUGAUACGAGUAAUAACACGCCGAGAACUACCACGCGAGCACCUGUAACCGGACCACCUUUACCACCGCAUCCCUACCUCACCGGAGGACAGAUCAAUACACAAGUGAAGAUCAAUCCAGGAGCGCCGAUUCAGAUCGUACAAAACGGCCUGACCAUCCGGCAUCCGGCGUUACCACCGGUACCGGAAUCGCCACCACAGCCACUUCCGCCUUUAAAUCUCGAUGUUUUCUCGACAUCCUUCCCUCCCGCAUCGACACAAUUCCUCGGCCCAUCGCAGUCGUCGAUUUUCGCAGACGGGCCCUAUCGCAAUCUCUUCAAGAGAGAGAAGAGUGACUCUAAGAAGCGAAACAUUAAGGACGAAACGGUAAUAUCGAGUCUGACCGAACCAAAGAAAUCAAUUGCAAAAAGAGAUACCGAGAAAACUUCGAAAACUGGGAUUUCCAAGGUAUCCUUCGUACCAAAGUCAGAAGUGGCGGAUGACAAGAAACUGGGAAAACGCGAAAUCGAAAAGAAGAAGAAACGAGGAUUAUUGCAAUUAAGUGACGGAUCGCUCUACGACGACGAAUACUCCAUUCCUCAGAAUCUGGACAACGACUAUUUCACGGGAUUAACGAGCUUCGGGUUGCAAUUGACCAAGGAUACGAACGAAGAGGACGAACGGGAACCCGCUGAAGGCGAGGUCAGACAAGUGAUGGACAUUUGUGACGGCUGCACCGAGGAACCGUUCGAAAAAGUAUUGAUCAUAGGCUGGAGAACGGCGCCCAAGAAGCUCUAUUCCGGAGCAUUUUACACGCCAGCUGUACCGGCGUGUAAAGCGUUCUAAAUCUCUUCGCCGACAACGAGUCGGUGUGAUAAAUUGACAUUUACGAACGUUUCUCGCGUGAAUUCUCAAGGGAGAAAGACAUCUGCGAAAUACCGCGCUGAUAACGACUGAUAGCGCUUCGUUAAAGCGGUCGACGACAGACCGAAACAUUCCCAGGUAUCCCACGCCAUGUUUAGCUUGCCGAGUAUCUUUAGUCGUCGGGUGAAGAUAUUUGUCACUCGAAUCUUCUAAUUUCUUUUUUUUUUUUUCGUUACUAAUUCAUUUCUUUUGACAUAUGCACAUCAUUUUCUGAUGAUGCAUCAUUAUUUUUCUCUGUGUUAUGUUCGUAAAUGUUGGCAUUUAUAAACAUUCGAACAUGCCAAGAAUAUUGCCAUGAAAAAAUUUAUGCGUGACAAUAUCUUGCCGAAUAUAUUUAUUUGCAAUUUCUGUCCAAUUAAUCUAUAACGUUUAAGAUUAACUGUAUAAAGAUUCCACAAAUGUUAUAAUGAGUUUCAAAUCAAUUAUACGUUUCUAAAUAAUUUAUAAUAAUUAUAUCACAUUGGUAAAAAGUUAAGCUAAAAAUUUUUUCUCGUUUAAAUAUGCAAUAAUAUAAAGUAAUUUUAAAUGUUUAAGGACUAAUUGAGCUAAAUGUCUCAAUAAAAUGUAUAAAAGCAGAAUUUAAUUAAGAGAAAUAUUCAUUAGUAAAAUACAGUAUGCGUAGUCGGUCUAAUAGGACGAUAUUAGUUUGUAAGUUGAAGAAACUGAUCACGAAUAAUAACAAGCAUUCUCAACAGAAUACUCAUCGCGGUUUUAAAAUGCGUGCUGGUCGAUUAACCUUAGGCGACACGAAGGAGAACUUAACUGCGUGACGGAAACCGCCUUAAUCGAUCGGCGACCUACGCUUCGGUCGCCUAAAUUCAAGACUUAGCCCUAAUGACAUUUUGCAUACAUAUAAUGUAUGCUAAAUAAACUUUUAUGAGCCGUUGUAUUAUGUUUCAUUUAUA